AAGGGAGUGUUACUGGCAAUGAAGGAGUGUAAGAAACAGUUGAGUAAAGAACGAUGGGAUUGCGCAACGAUGACUGAAGCAACAGCUUUGAAGGGAUUGCUCGCCAUACCAAGUAAAGAAACUGCCUUCGUGUACGCGUUAACUUCAGCCGCUGUGGUUUACGCUGUCACCAAGUCCUGUACAGCCGGAGACUUACCAGAUUGCGCAUGUCAAAAGAAGCCAGUUCACAAAUAUUAUGGAAAACGAUUGAAAGCACGUUGUGAUGAAAACAUUCAAUACGGUAUGAUGUUCGCAGAACUUUUCGUUGACGCACCGGAUAAUGACAAGCGAGCAAGAUUGAAAACAGUUCGUCGCAGCGGUCAGAACUUAGUGAAUCUUCACAACUCCAGGGCAGGAAGAAAGGCUGUGCUUGCAUCGGUGAAAACCCGCUGUCGUUGUUACGGUUUAUCGCAAGGCUGUGCUAUGCGCUCUUGCUGGAAGGUACUACCGAAAUUUGAGGAAGUCGGUAAAAUGUUGAAGAAACAGUACGAGAACGCUGCGGAGGUAAUAUACGCAAGAAGGAAGCGCAAAUUAAAGAGAAAGGCGAACAGAAAACUUCGACUCGGCGAAAACGAGCUCGUCUACAUGAAACGCUCGCCGAAUUAUUGCCGUUCAAAUCCACGCAUUGGAAUUUCGGGAACGUCUGGGAGAGAAUGUCAGAGAGAUUCCGGGGAGUCUAUGAACAGCUGUGCGUUAUUGUGCUGUGGCCAUGGGUAUAACACGCAGAUCACACGUGAGAAACGGUUUUGCAAUUGCCGUUUUCGCUGGUGUUGUCGCGUGCAUUGCGACACAUGCGAGCAUGUUUACGAUAGGUAUACUUGUAAAUAGAAUGGUAAAUAGUGAAAGAGUUGGUACUUGACAUUCAUUGUAACACUGUACAGAGUUGCAAAUAAGCUGCGGGUAUGCGGGUAUACCACCAAAUUUCGCUACAUUCGAGGAAGGUUUACGCAUUUAAUAGUAAAAGUAGAAAGUACAAAAAUUAGGUAGUAUAUACCUAUAGUUGGCCUACAAAAUCAUAGCUGCCCCAUGCAGCUGUAGGUGGCUAACCAAGAAACGUUUUCUAGCUCUUUAUAGAGAGCUAAAGAUAGACAUCAAGAGCAAUAGUAUCAUAGCCAUAUAGUUUUGAGAUCUUCAUCAGUAUAAUUUGUUAUUCUCCCAGUGGAACGUUGAAACGUUUUGCGACUUUGUCAUUGAG